UCACCAGUUAAAUGUUAUUUCUUUAACCAGGGAUAUAAUGCUAAACAUGUUAAGUGCCUGUACAGGGUUAGCUAUACGCUUUAGUAAAACAGCCAAACUCCUUUCGCAAAAAUGUCAAUUUUUAGUUGUCUGAGCUGUAUCGGCCUAUGUAGCCGAUAACAUAACAACAACACCAUAAACCUUUAACUAAUCACCAAGAGAUAUACAUUAAUUCGGCGCAAAUGUCAUAGAAGUAUCACAAUACAGCGUUAUCAGCAUUUAUAAUCGGUCUGCCUAUUGUCAGGACCACUUUUCACCAUAUUGAUGUAACUUGGUGAGAGGCUAUAGCUAUUAAAGCACGUAGGCCUAUAUAAUUUAGAAUUUAGUCUAAAUAACUAUUGCUUUGUCAAAAACGUACAUGCCGAAUUUAAAAGAAUUGCGUGCUGAAUUGCAGGUCAUCAGGUUUUAUAAAUUGUUAAAUGUUUAACUUCACUGAUAAGCAAAAAAGGAUUAAAUUAGGAGACUUUUAAAGGAGAUUUGGCAUAGCGGGCUCCCCAUGAAAAAGAACAAGUCUCUUUAUAGAUGCCUGUAUCUUAUCGACCGAUGCAUUACGUGGCAACAUCACUUAAUAUAUUUUACGAAUCAGCAAAAGUUACAUAUCAGGUCGGCGUAUAUCUAACAGAAUAAGUAGCACAAUAUUGCAAUAAAAUAUCAACUUUAUAAUCGACCAUUUUUUUCACCCAAUAGACGAUAUUCGGUAAAAGGCUCUAGCUGGUAAUCCGGCUUUACAAUCUUUUAACUUAUUAUCUUCAGUCAUCAAUCAUUGAGUAUAUUUAUAUUGUCACAGACAGAUAGUUGUAGCUUUUUUUGCUAAUCCUUGUGGGGACAGUUCCUGUCUGGUUUGUAUCUGUACUGUGAAGGCAGUUUUUUGGCUGUGCACUCUGUUCUACUUCUAAGUAAUCUAAAUGUGCUUCCAUCUUCUUUUUAUUGAUAUUGGCAAAUGAAUAACAAUGCAGAAACGGAUCUUUGACUUUGCUCUCCAGUGUCAUGUGGUGAACAGCCUCCAAGUCCUCCCUGUUCUGGUCUGUCCAGAGCAACUGACCAAAGAGGGACCAACAUUGCUUCUAAGGACAUCUGCCAGCCCUACCAGCCACUCUGGAGCCAUUAGAGCAAACACAGAAGAAGACAGCGAGCUGUGAUAGUGGUCAAGUCAAGGGAAAAUUCUCUUCAGCUGAGGGGGAGGCUGUUCAGCGGGACGGAGCCAUGGAGCAACCAGAGGACACGUAUGGUCGUACCUUUGUGGAGGUGAUGAGUGAAAAGUACAGUCCAGAGAACUUUCCGUUACGCAGAGGGCCUGGUAUGGCAGUGGUGGUGGUGCCCACCCCAGCUCCUCAAGGCUCCCCUGUGAAAGACCGUCUGAACCUUCCCAUUGUUCUGGUGUUGAAUAGCUGUGGGAUCAGCAGGGCAGGAGACCGGGCUGAGAUUGCUGCUUUCUGUGCCCAUGUCAUUGAGCUGGACCUGUCUCAUAACAAGCUGCAGGACUGGCAUGAGAUCAAUAAAAUCGUGUCCAACAUCCCCAACCUGGAGUUCCUGAACCUGAGCUCUAACCCCCUGGCAGAAAUGACCAUUGAGCCGCGCUGUGCCGAAGGCCUUUCCCGGGUCCGACGCCUCGUCCUCAACAACACCCGGGUGUCCUGGGAUACCGUGAUGCUGCUCACCACGGAGAUACCGGAGCUGGAGCAGUUGUUCCUGUGCCUUAAUGAGUACAGUGGUGUGAGCGCCUCCAGUGUGGUCUGCCCCACCUUGCGGCUGCUUCACAUCACCGACAACAGCCUCCAGGACUGGGCAGAAGUCCGCAAGUUUGGCACCAUGUUCCCAAACCUAGAGACUCUGGUCAUGGCCAACAACAACUUGGUCUCCAUUGACGACAACAAGGAUAUCCUGCAACGGCUCUUCCCUAACCUCCGCAGCAUCAACCUGCACAACUCAGGUUUCAACCGAUGGGAGGACAUCGAGAAGCUCAACUUCUUCCCCAAGUUGGAGGAGGUGCGGCUGCAGGGCAUUCCCUUACUGCAGACCUACACCAACACAGAGCGACGCAGCCUCAUGAUAGCACAGCUCCCUUCAAUAUCACAGCUAAAUGGCAGUGUUGUGACUGAUUGUGAGAGAGAAGACGCAGAGAGGUUCUUCAUUCGUUACCACUUAGACUACCCUGAGAAGGAGCUGCCUUACAGAUACCAUUCCCUGGUAACCAAGUAUGGGAAGCUGGAACCACUUGCUGAGAUUGACCUCCGACCUCGCUUCCGUGCCCAGGUGGAGGUUCACUGUGAGGAAAAAGUGGAACAGCUGAGCAUCCGUUUGGACCAGACAGUAGCUGAGCUGAAGAAGCAGCUGACAACAGUGGUCCAGCUGUCCACCAACAGCAUGAGGAUCUAUUACAUCGACAAGUGCAGCGCCUUCGGUCCAGAAGAAAUGAAGUACAACACCCGGGCCCUCCACUCCUACAGCAUCCAAGACGGUGAUGAAAUACUGGUGGUGCCCAAGACCAAGUGAACAGCUGGUGUCCAACUGGAUAAUUUGAGUGACUCAUUGAUUGAUUGAUUAAUUGGAUUAUUUGUUGCCUGGUUAACUGACAUCACAAAAUAGUUGAAAAAACACAUAUGGAACAGCAUCAGCGGCCCACUUUUUGGAAUAAAGAGAGCAAAACAAGAGAAUGAUGUGAACACCAUCAUGCACAGUGGGCUGCUGGGAGGCUCUAGCUGGAAAUGCAAACAUUAAGUCUUUAUUUAUUUCAGCUUUAUUUGAGGGCAUCCGCUGGAGUUAGUAGACAAAUUUGUCACACUGGAAAACAGGCUGAGGGAGUAACUCACAGUCAGCUAGCAGCUUAAGCAGAGGAGAGGGCGCUGCCGUACCAGCAAAGCUUCACUGCAGCUCUAUACACGGCAUGUACCUAGCACCUGCAUAAGCAAGUAUCCAACACCACUGGCUUGCCCAAAUGUUGUGAAAACUACCCCGAUUAGCAGUAAGGCAGUGCACUUUUGAAAUGGGCACAAUAUCAGGAGGAGCAGCAGUUGUUGAAGGAAAAAUCCUGUCUAAAACGCUGUUUAAUGGUGGUGAUGAAAGUAGUAUUUUUUGGGUCCAUUUUGUUGUAUGGUGGUGUUUUUUUCUGUAUUUCUGGGGUUAAUUGCUAAAGUUAGAAAAUGCUACAGCAAAUUUAGAUCAUUUGACAAAAUACAGGCAAAAAGCUAGAAUUUUUUUCUAGAUCCGUAAUAACAAGUGUGAAAUUUCUCAUAGAAUAUGCAAUUUUAAAUAGUCAUUGAAAAAUCCAGAACCAAUGACUAAGCACAUUUUGUAAUUAAUUACAAAAGUGUACUGGACACAAGAUCUUCCAGCCACGAUCACUGCACUGCCUUUUUUGUUGAAGGCGCCCCGAUCAGACCAGUUGCAUUUUUUUGUGACUCUUGCUAGGCAACCAUCCAAUCACCAGUCAACCGUUAUUUUGCUGUGAAGUGCCGAAAUGCCGUUAGUCUUUUUUUUUUUUUUUUCACUCUGAGUUGAUGUUUUUUGAACUUCAGCCGUUCAGGGUGAAAAAAAA